AAAAAAUGUUUCGAGGGAUUCCUGCGCCGAAAAAAGCCCACUCGAGCCUCUCCUCCCGAUCUCACUCCCUUCCUCGAGCUUCUUCCUCCGCGCCACAUCCAACUGCGAGGUAUCCGGCAUCGACGAGCUUCUGGCGCGCGAUUGGAGAGCACCUCCUGGUCUUCUCGUGUGGUUGAGCAUCUCGUCUCGUGCGGCCGAGUUCUUCUCCCAGUGACUGCGGAUCUGGUUAAUUGAGAUCUGCUGCUCCUUCUCUGCGAGAUCCAGGCGAUCCUUUCCCAAUUAUAUUGGGAUUUGAGCUACCAAGCAGGGAAGGUCAAGUUGCCAAGUAAGGAAGGCUAAGCUAGGAAGGUCGAGCUGUCAAGCAGGGAGGCCGAGUUGCUGAGUAGAGAAAGUCGAGCUAGAAACCGAGUAGGGAAGGUCGAGUUAUCGAUCACUUGGCAAGUUGAACUGCCAAGUGACUCAUGAGGAUACAACUGCCCAACCACAUUCGUAACCAAAUAAUAUUUGUUCGUGGCGGAAUGAACGUGUACCCAAAUGCUAUCAUUGGGAACAAGAGGAUUGGAUUUCUACUGCUCAGGGAAGUCUCUAUUUAUAGGAUCAAAAUCCAUUAAUCCUACCAUAUAAUGACUAUUGCUCGACCAUUAUUUGCCUUGCUUGCUUGGAACACCAACAAUUGACGAUUAAUGUUGGCCGUUCUAGGCAACAACAAUUAAUGUGCCCAUUUCAGGUUUGAAGUGGCAGGAAAACAAUUUUGAGUGGCAAAAUGUUGGCUGGGCUACUUGGGUAAUUUUUUACUUGACAUUCAAUGAUCGGCAUGACAUUCAACGCAUUGGUCGUUCUCUUACAUUAGUAAACAAGAUUCCAUGAAGCGACAGCAACUAGUAAUACUAUGAUGAAGGCUAUUGUUAAGUAUUAAACAACUUACAACCUAAUGAUUUACAUCCUGAGGAGGAUCCACCUAUAGCUGUCCAAGAGAUUUAUGGUACCAUGGCCCCUGCUCAAUCUUUGUCUGAUGCCAAUGAACAAGGUAAAUCUGAUGUGUCAGUAAAAUCAGAGAACAAGGAUUUUGCAGACACAAAAGAGGCUGUAGGUUUUUGUUCAGAUAAUGGUGAAGAUGGCAUACUCUGUGAUGGUUCCUUGAAAGACACAGCCAGGGAUGUAGAUGUCCUGGACGAAAGAAAACUGAACCACAUUUUAAAAUCUGAGAAAUUGGUGUUGGUGGAUGACAAAGAUGCAUCAGGAUUGUUGUGUACAAACAAAGGUGAAGACGUUGAUUAUUGUGUUGGAUCCUCUACUUCCUUGAAUAAGGUUGACAAUGACGUGGAUCAGCAAAUUGACAUUCUCAGUUGCACAGAAGGCAUUGAUAGCAAGACAGUGAAUUUUGAUGACCCAGAUGCAACUGAGUAUUCGAGCUCUUUUGGGGACACUUUCUCAGGCUUAAAGAGUGAGAUGAAGCAGGAGAAUGGGGAUAUGGAAGUUGAUUCACCGUUUGCUCCUUCAAAUGGGGAUCCCACUGGAUUGGAUGCGCUUAAUAGGGAUUUUAGAUGACAACAUCAUAGGCAAUGAUGAUAAUGAGUGGUUGCUUGGCUUGAAAGGCGGCGAUGGUUCCCUUGAACAAGUUCUUUUGAACAUUGAAUCUGUUCAAUCUCGAAUUGUGACGUUGAAGACUCAGCUCAACAAUGUAAUGGGCAGAGAUGUAAGAGCUCGAUCAGAUGUCAAUUUAUUUCUGGGAGAUCCACCCGUGAGUUUUCUGCAAAAUGUUACUGGUGGAGGUACAUUGUCAACUCGGUUGCCAGGUACACCACCACACCAUGAAUCUGAAUGUGAGACGGAGGCGGUUAUGCCUGUGAGUGAAGGCUCAAGCUAUUGCUUGUUGUCUGCUGGUGAUGUAACCCUCGAUCAGCACCACAAGAGAGACUUGUGCAAAGACAAUGAAGAAGAUGUGCUGAUUGAUAACCAAGUAGCUGAGGAAGAAUAUCAGAACUUUGAGAAUGCCAGUCAUGAAACUGAUAAGCUUGAGGAUAUGGAAAAGUCAAACAGCGAGAUCCAUUCCGGCAACGAAAGUACUGCACCGAUGGUGCCAGUGCGAGAAGCAAGUCAACCAGAAACUAAUAUUGAAACGCCAUCGCAAACAGUUCUGAAGCCCUGCUACACCGGUAAAAGGAGAGGACGAAAGCCCAAGAAAAAAAAGAGGCAAGCCCGUUUGGUUGCUGCUCUGCCUCAACCAAAGAGUAAGAAGCUUCAUGUAUCUAGUUCUUCAAGGAGCAGCAGGGCUCAUACUCGUGGUCCUUCCAAGACUGAGAAGCUUCUGGCUUCAAGCCCUAAACUCUGGAGGAGUGAGAGGCUUAAGCUGCGAAGAUUGGCUGGCAAGAAGACAUGAGUGUGUUGAGACAUCAGGUCCCUUGAGGCUACGUGCCAAGACCGACUGGCAAAAAAAAACACAAGUUAGUGUUCGACUGUACAUCCAUUGACUCGACUGUACAUUCAUUAACUGAACAAAAGUUGUAUGAUACGACUACCCUUGGUUAUUCCUGGGGUUCCAUUCCCCAACAGUCUCGUGUCAGGUAUCAUACAGUCGUUUGUAGUUGUAACAAUUGAAUAUGGUGGCAAGAGUCAUUCCCACAA